AGACACUAAUCUGUGAAGCAAGCCUGUAGAUAUCUAAUGACCAUGGUUAAAGCUCUUAGAGAUACUUUCUAGUAGAUCUAUUAGAGAUUUACUUCCGUACUAAGACUUAGCCUCGGUCCAACGUUAUAGCAGUCAAUAUGACUACGUCAACACUUCUCACUUCCUGUUUCGGUGGAAUAUGCUCUAUGAGCUAGCCUAUCUGUGUUCUUGAAAAUCUGGUACAAGGACUCUUGUUGAAAUGCAAAACCCGACACAUGUUAAAGUUUACGAAAACGCGGUGGAGAGGUGAUGCUAUUUGAUAGUAGGUGGAACUUUUCUUUUGCAUUAUUUUUGAUGAAACCUGUAUUGAUAUGUAUGUCUAAUUCAUAUCCAGGUUCAUAGGAAAGGUCUGCUACUGGCUAAUCCUGAAUUGUAGCAGAUACUGUAUGUACAGGAAAGUGAUCUGAAAGAAAGCAGAUUGAAAAAUGGAUAGAAGAAAAGGUGAAUCAGAUGAAGAUUACUGGACAUCUGCUCACAGAGGGUUUGACUUUGGUGAAAGCAGUUGGGAUUCACGAUUUGAAAGAACAAAAUUAUCUUCAUCUUUGAAGAACAAUGAUAACUUGAACCAGUAUGAACUUUUCAAGUGUGACGGACUGAAUGAAGCUGCUGAAAAUGAAGGAGCUGAAAAAUUGUUAACUUUUCAUAUGGAACGGGAAGAAGAAGAUAUGCCAGCUCAGAAGCUUGCUAAAAGUUUCAGUCCUCUUGAAUGUUUUGUCCAGAAGGAACGUGGAGGGAAAAGUCCUUCAGAAACAAUCAAAAAUAUGAUUUUUGGCUAUAGCUGUUCAUUGGAACCAUUUAAAAGUAGAAGAGAAAAAAUCGAGCUGUUAAGUGAAGCUGUGAAAUAUCACGAUGGAAACGUCAUUCUUGCUGUAGUUAUGUUCCUAAGAAACACUUUGAAGAGAUCAGUCUUUCAUCGAGAAAUUCAAAGGUUUCCUGAUGCAAUCAAUAUUUAUUUAUCGUACCUAGAAGAAGAUCAUGAAACUGAUGAACUGACAAAUAUGCUUUUGUUACUGGGAAAACCAAAUGAAGCUGCGAUGCUAAAGUAUGAAGCAGUUACCCAAGUUCAGUCGAUUGAAAGAAAAUUGAAGUUGAUCGAAAAUUGUCUUAGUACCCAUUUUCUUUCUGGCAAUAUUAGUGGACUGCUAAUAUCAUCCGUACAGGAACACAAAGAGAUUCUUGAAGAGCAACUAUCCAUAGAAAAAGCUUACCUUAAAGAAAAAGCUGAAGAAUCUGACAAAAUGAAACUUUUUAAAGAAAUCACAGGAGAAAGAAACGUGGUAGAUUCUUCUGUAAUGAGCACUCUCAUAUUUUAUUGUUUACACCAUCAUUUUUCAAAUGAGUAUCCUCUUAGUAUUUUCCGAGUGCACUACCGUCUGUCAAACAAGCAAUAUACAUGGGCUGCCUUGAGAUCCUUUGCUGCCCAAAAACAGUGGAAAUAUGUAGAUGAAUUAUUUAUGUCUAAGACAUGGCUUGGUAGUAUGAAAAUCAAGUCUCCUAUUGGUUACUCUAUACUUCUUCAAGUACUUUCAGAAGAAAAUGCUCCAACUGAAGUUCUGACUAAAUACAUAAAUUCAGUGGAGAAUGAAGAUUUAAAAAUGAGCUUAGCCAAAAAAUAUCGAUGUCAUUCUGUUGUGAUAGAAAUGCUCAAAAACAAAAAAGAUAGACUAGGUUUAAUUGAAUAUGCGACGAUUCUUCCACAGACUACAGAAUUUUAUACAAUUUCAGAUAUUUUAAAUAACCCUGGAGUUAAAUGGAAAAACUAAAGGACAAUGAUUAAUUUGCUUUGCAUUCCUAAUCUGCAGAAUCUGGCAUAGCUUAAAUCAUUACUUAUAAUAAGAUUGAUAAUGAAAAGUGGACAGACACAUUUCCAUUAAAGGUGCUUCUUUCAAAACAAAGAUCCCCAUGUUUUUCAUGUAAUAAUUUAACAUUUCUUCAUUGGGUUAAGAAAUUGUUUCUUUUUGAUCCGUUGGCGAUUCUAGAUGAGAUAGGUAUAUCAAGAGAGUGAUCUCAUAAUAAUCUUAUUUCAUUAUUUUAGACUAUAUAAUUCUGAAUUAGAAUCAUUUCUCACAAAAAUUAUUUUAACCCUUUUUUGUGAUCGAUAAAUCUUCAGUUUAUCGAUAACAUCAAAUUACCCACCCCACCUCCGAUGAAGAUGUAUUAACUCAUUAUGAGAAAGUCAUUGAGAAAAGUUCAUUGUGUAAAUGUUGAGAAUAUUCUCAAAAAUGGAAAAGAUCUCAUUGCACAGUUGCUACAACAAAAUUCUGGCUUCUUAUGAGAUGAUACAACAGCCAGGAACACUAACCACUAUACUGAUCAAGGCGGUACGAUUGUAAAUAAAAAAGAUUAUGCAAAUCAGGAAGAACAUGUGAUGACCUUCUGCAAAGUUUCGCUGAGGAUUGCCGAGAAUGUUUUCAUGGCGUCAUCACAUGUAAUGAAAUUUGGCCAUUUCAUAUCAAUCCCAAGUGCAAAAGGCAGUCUAUGGAAUGGAUAUGCACUCGUGUUAAGGAUACAAAGAUGGCUGUACAGCAAAUAGAUCAUAUAUUUUGCAACAUUUUCAAAGGACCAAGGCUUCUACCUACAAAAUUUCAUUUCUCUAGUCCUUAUCAUUAUCUACAGUAAAAUGUGUGUUGCCUUUUGACCGACAUUUGUACGAUUUAUGUGAAAAAAAAAAUUAUAAUACAAUAAAAUUAAUCCAGUUUAAAAAUUUAA